UUGACGCCGUCAAUAGUAUCCACCAUUCACCUCCUGACCGCGGCACUCGGAGCCCUGGUCUGCCAUUACACUGUAACUUCAAGUAAGUUGUGGUUGCUGACCUGGUGCUGGCUUGACUUCUGUCAGCAACAGUUACAUGCAUGAGCAUAGCACGGCAAGUCCUGAAUUGCUUCAAGUUUGCGUGUCGUUCAGCUAACAAUACCUGCAGACGAAGGUUUUGUACUUCACAGCAUACAAUGACCUCACGGCACACUCACUCAAAGAGAAUUGAAGGUCUGGACAAGAAUGUCUGGGUGGCGUUUACAUCAUUGGCAGCAGACCCAUCCGUUGUGAACCUGGGCCAAGGCUACCCAGACAUCCCUCCACCUUCUUACGUCAAGGAGGCCCUAGCAGAGGCGGCAUUAGUGGACAGGAUGAACCAGUACACCAGAGGCUUUGGGCAUCCAUCUUUGGUGAAGGCCCUUUCUCAGGUUUAUGGGAAGGUCUAUGGGCGCCAGAUCGACCCCUUCAAAGAAAUCCUGGUCACAGUAGGAGGUUAUGGUUCUUUAUUCAGCACCAUGCAAGGACUAGUGGAAGAGGGAGAUGAGGUCAUCAUAAUAGAGCCUUAUUUUGAUUGCUAUGUACCUAUGGUGCGAAUGGCGGGGGCCACGCCUGUGUUGAUCCCAUUACGCCUUAAGUCCGGAAAGAAGACAAUCACAAGUGCCGACUGGUUUCUUGACCCAGAUGAGCUUUCCACUAAAUUCAACUCUAAGACAAAGGCCAUCAUCAUCAACACCCCCAACAAUCCUAUUGGGAAGGUUUUCACCAGAGAUGAGCUGCAGAUGAUUGCUGACCUCUGUAUUAAACAUGACACACUGUGCUUCAGUGAUGAGGUUUAUGAGUGGCUCGUCUACAAAGGACACCAACAUAUCAAAAUUGCCACUCUGCCUGGAAUGUGGGAUAGAACAAUCACUAUCAGCAGUGCAGGGAAAACAUUUAGUGUUACUGGGUGGAAGCUUGGUUGGUCUAUAGGACCUGAACACUUGAUAAAGCAUCUUCAGACCGUCAUGCAGAAUACUCUGUACACCUGCCCAACACCUCUACAGGAGGCAGUGGCACAAGGUUUGCUCAGGAACGUUGAUCUUAUGGGUCAGCCUGAGUGCUACUUCUCCUCACUGGCAGAAGAACUCGAGGGCAAGAGGGACCGCAUGGCUGCCAUUGUGAAAGAGGCUGGUAUGACUCCCGUCAUCCCAGAGGGAGGCUAUUUCAUGCUCGUGGACGUCACAUCUCUCAAUCAGGACCUGUCACACAUGCUCGAUGAUGAAGCAUAUGACUACAAGUUUGUGAAGUGGAUGAUUAAAGAAAAGAAACUGGCAGCCAUUCCAGUCACAGCGUUUGUUGGAGAUGAGUCCAAGAAGCAGUUCCAGAAAUAUAUUCGCCUUUGCUUCAUUAAGCAAGAUAGUACUCUGGAUGCAGCAGGGGAAAUCUUAAAAAACUGGAGUAAGGUUUAAUGCACAGUCUGAAGACUCUGUGGUCAAACUGAAGGAACAGCAUUUGACUACAACAUUACGCACAAACUGGAAACUGGUAAAAUGUUGAUAGUGACACCAGCAGUAGUAAAAUCAUGUAUCCUGUUUUAAGGGAGAGAAUCCUCAAGUCAACGUAGCUGAAAUGGAUUGUUCUGAUACAGGUGCAUCUCAAUAAAUUAGAAUCUUCAAUUCUCUGUCUGUAUUAUGUAUACAUUUUGUGUUUUCUUCUCCCUAAAAAUUGGUCUUAAUCUCAAAUAAUAAUCUAAACAUUGAAAAUUACAAUUCCAUGUAGUUUUCUUUACAGGAAUGAAUAAAACGCUAGGAUGAUAUAGGCCUGCUGUAUAUAUUUUUAAAGUUUUUCUUACACCCCUUAAUAUCUAGAAGGCUUUGUGAACCUUGUGAAGCUAUGGCAACUUCUAGUGGGUGCCCAAAGGUGUGAAGUGAGAUGUAGUUUUUAUCCAUUAUCCUACCUUGGAUGUGCACAACCCCUUAUGCCUUCCUAUUUUCAUACUGUAUAGACUUAGUAUUUUAAUAUUUGCACAGGGGUUUAACAUUACACUUUGACUAAGCCUUUCUGCUGUAACUGUGCCCUGUCUCUAAUUUCCAAUAAAACCAUGAAACCCAGACACAGGUCCUGGGUUGAAUUGCUGUGUGAAACCUGA